GUACGGAGUAGACCCUGCGCAUUUCGUCUCCAACUGCUCGACUCUGUAAAGAUCCUUCCGCCACAACCACCAUAAGCCCCCAUCUGUAGUGGUCGAUUUGAAUACGCCAACAAUGCAAUGAGCUUCGUCACCAAGCUGCCCUUGCUAGGGCGCAACCCUCUCCUCCGAGUCGGCUUCCUGCCCCUCUCAUCCCAGCGAUGCGCCUCCCGCCUGUCCGCAAUCCACCAAGGCCUCAACCGGUCCGAGAGAGCGCGACCCCAAGGAUCCUCCCCUCGCAAGGAGAUCCGCCAGCGGCCCGGCGAUGAACCCUAUCUCAGCCCCGAAGAGCGCCGCCGAGCGAGGAGGGUCGCACGGGAAAACCCCAUCGAGUACAAGAUCCGGAAGGGGAAGAAGGACAUCACCGAGGAACCAGGGCCACCGACCAAGUCGAGGGCGGCCCGUUUCAUGGACCCGCGGGAUCCUCUGGGCGGGAAGAGCCUCGUGAAGAAGUUCAAGGCCGGACAGUUGUUCGAUGGCCUCCAGAUGGGUGACGGGGGGAGCAGGGAAGGCAACCUGCAGCAUGACGACUUUGCGAGGCAGCUGUCAUCCCAUAUGUCAGAUCGGCCGGGCCCGCGAAAAUUCGAUCGCGAAAGGCGAAGUGAGGAGCCAUGGAAAUUUGGGAGGAGCGAGAAUACUGGUGGGUUUGAGAGGAGCAGAGGCGACCAGGGCAGUCGUCGUCCCUCGCGCACACAAGCACCUUGGGGGGACUCUAGGACAGAUCGGAGUGAUGGACCACGGAAAUUUGAGAGGAGGGAAAAUACCGAUAGGUUCGAGAGGAGCAGAGGUGACCAGGAUGGUCGUCCUUCGCGCACACGAGCGCCUUGGGAGGACUCUAGGACAGAUCGAAGUGAUGGACCACGGAAAUUCGGGAGGGGCGAAAAUGAUGGUGGAUUUGAGAGGAGCAGAGGUGACCAGGAUGGUCGUCCUUCGCGCACACGAACGCCUUGGGGGGACUCCAGCACAGAUCGAAGUGUGAGAGACCACAGGAGCGAUAAGGGGAGGUUUGACGACAGCUCCAGGGGUUUUGAUCGCAGCCGCCGCGACACUCGCGAGCCGUCGGACUCGCGGGCGCGAGAUCAAGAAACAGGGACGACGUAUGGCUCAGAACGAACAAUGUCCUUCCAGCCCUCCGGCCGUGACCGAGAGCCCAGGUCAUUUUCUCGUUCCGACAGACCGAGCUCCACCGAUCGGGGCUCAGAUGACGCAGACGACAAGGCACGGAAACCAAAGCGGUACGAGGGACCAGUGUCAGUUCCAUAUACCACGGCCGCGUCGCAGUUCCUAUACGGGACAUCGACCGUGGAGGCGGCCUUGAGAGCCGGGAGUCGAAAGAUGUACAAGCUGUACAUUUAUAAAGGCAAAGGCCGCGGCGUCAGGGCACUGGAGAAAGACCGUGUCCUGGCUGACCUGGCCAAGAGCCGGGGCGUCAGGUUUGAAUACCUCGAGGAGGAGUCGCUCCCGAUGCUGAACAAGAUGAGCGACAGCCGCCCGCACAACGGCCACGUCCUCGAAGCAUCGCCCCUCCCCCAACUCCCGGCCACCGCCCUGGAGGAGUUCUCAGAAGACAAGAGCCGCCCAGGCUUUCAGGUCGCCGUCGGACACCAGUCGUCCGAGGAGGCCCAGAUCAACGGCACCUCCGGCUUCGUGAGGACCGGGCCGGGCUCGCGCAAGCCGCUCGUCCUGGUCGUGGACCAGGUCCUCGACCCGGGCAACCUGGGCGCCAUCCUCAGGACGGCCAGCUUCAUGGGCGUCACGGCGGUGGCGGUCUCGAAGAAGGGCUCCGCGCCCGUGACCCCGGUCGUGCUCAAGGCCUCGGCGGGGGCCGCCGAGGCCCUGACCAUGCUGUCGGUCGAGUCGGUCGAGGACUUCCUGCAGGGCUCCAAGAAGAACGGCUGGAAGGUGUUCGCGGCCUGUCCCCCCAAGCCUGACUCCAACCGGCCCCAGAUCGACAGCAUUGAUCUGGAGAAGCAGGACCCACUUCUCAAGGACCCCUGCAUCCUCCUCGUUGGCAGCGAGGGCGAGGGAUUGUCCCGCGCCGUGAGGAGGGCUGCUAAUGUCGAGAUCAGCAUACCGAACCUGUCCGGGUCCGAUGUUGUGGACAGUUUGAACGUCAGUGUUGCUACUGGCUUGCUGUGCUCGGCGUUCUUGAAGGGCAAGGCAAAGACACGCUGGAGUACGGUCAGCGACCCAGGCGCCUUGUUCUGAGGGUCUGUAGAUAUGCUAUGUACAAAUAUUGUCUCGCCAUGGCGAGAGGCUUCGCCCCUAUCAUCAUCGCCCAGUGUUCCGUACCGUAAAUGUGCCUUGACAAUCGUACCUGAAAACGCUGGUCGAAUCCGUCAAGCCGUCUCCCUACGCAUUGGCUACACUUCGUUCUGGGCCAAAUAGGGUAGGAACAACUUGAAGAAAGGUCAACGUUUUACGCGAAGAAAUCCGAGAGCGAGGAUAUGUCGUCCACAACAUCCAGACAUGAGACAGAGACGAUGUGACUUCCCUACUUCAAAUCCAGCAAAUGGCCGAGUUGGCAUUGUCGAAGAGCUUUUUGACACGGAAAAUUGCUCCGUCCGAGCCCCGAGGGUGAGCAGAAGCUCGUGAAACAUGGGAUCCUAAAAGCGACCUACUCCCUGUUGGUCCCCGUUGGGAUGAACAUCUGCGUCAGAGCUGCAGUCCACGACACCUACUCAAUCGGAUGAGGGGUGCCUGAUGCGGGAUAAAGGCUGCAUCAAGCCCCUCGUCGAACAUCGAACAUUGGUCUUCAGGUGCCACAGUCGCUUCAAGUUGUGGUCACCCUGGAGUGACCGUUCAUGGCUGCGCGGCAUGAAGGAUCGGGACCACGGUUAAGAAUUGGAUAUGUCGGUAUGGUGAAGCCCAUUCUCCCGAGUGGAAUCCCCAAGACGAGGUAGUUCGCAGUUGAUUGGAGAUUAUGUAGCACAGACAAGGCACGACCGUAAGCAAGAGCGCUGCCAAGCUUUCCCAAGGGUUCCUUUCGAAGCGGGGCCCUGUCAGUUUGGGCGUUCUCUAGGGCUGAAUGUCGAAGUCACUCGCCGCCAACAUUUAAACCCCUGCAAGAAACGUCGCGGAAUCUCAAAAGUAGCACGACUAUAAGUGCCCAUUUCCGCUCCUCCUUCCAUUGAUACUUCUCUCCAUCAUAAUUUGAUAGCCUUGUGGAUCUUGCUCGUUUCCGACGCAGGCUUCGAUCCAGAAACCUAGAUCUAUUUUACGGGUACUUUCUAGCUGCAUUCGACUUUCUCAUUCAUCGGACCCAGUACAGAGUCUUAAUGUCCUGAGGGCUAUAAUGCCACAGCCAAUUCUCGCAAGACUGGGGCAGACCCUCUUCGUCAUCCAAUCAGCCGUUGCUUUCAGUAUUUUUGUCUUUGCCACCCAAUAUCAGGCAUUCUGGUGGGCCACUUGGGUGACGAGCGGCGCCCUGGCACUGUGGACUGUGAUCGGUGCUCCCUUGAUUCUCA